AUGUCUGAGCUCAUCAAUAGGAAGCGUGCAUUUGAGGAUUCUGAUACAGAGUAUGAGCCAUCGUUGCCCGGUACCGGCAGACGCCCAACAGAGUCGGAAUUCGAUGAAGAAUCUAACCCGAGAGAGAAUAGGUAUAAAAGGCCGAGAAGAACCCAACUUCCUAGGGAACUGGAGGCUUUGAAAGAGAUAUGCCACGUAAUUUCACAGUUGGGUGAUCCGGAAGACCGUUUGGAAUCUGAUUGGAGGUCUCUGAGCAACACAAUCUCGCAGGAAUUCGAUUCUGGCGAAUUUAAGCAGAAUCUCUUGGACUAUAUCUACGCAGUUAUCAUUGAACAGCCUCAUAAGGUUUUUGUCAUGUCUGGAUUGGUUCAAUGUUGCCAUGCUCUUAACCCUGAGGUCGGUAAGGCGGUAAUUGAGCAUAUGAAACAGAAUGUAGAGUCUCUUUUAGAUCAGAAUGUCGCCAUUAAUGAGUCUGACGAGCCUGGUAGGUUCACCAGGUUGAAGUUGAUUGGAAGAUUUUUGGCCACUUUGAUUCCUAUCAUGGAAAGUGCCGAUUUUGUUAUUGACUUCAUUAAACAGAUGAUUGCAGCUGCCGUGAAGGUUCAGGCUGAAUCGGCCAAACGUUCGGCUAUUGCUGAAGUGGUAUACUAUGGUUUUACCUUGUCGAUUCCAUUUGUCUUGGCCAGUGAUAGAGGCGGUGAGGAAUUGAAGCAAAAGUGCAGUGAGUUGAUUGACUUAGCCGGCAGCUUUGAGAUAAAAGAGAGCAAGUAUCCUGUGGAAUUGUUCCAGCAUUUUAAGACUUCUGAUGAUGAUAAGCCGCUACCUUACGAGCCUAAACCGCUGGUUAGUCUUGUUUUGGAUGCAGUGAAGAAUUUGGAAGAUUGUAUCAAUAUUUUCCCUGAUUUACAAAAGAGAAUUGAUGCUGUUAUUGGCGAUCAGAAGGAAGAUAUUGAGAAGGUCUCGUUGACUACAUUCACAGUUGGGUCGUUGAAUUCAGCCGAAGACGAGAUCGGUCUCUAUGGAACCGUGGACUCUUUGUGGAAGUAUCCUCGUUUUGCACUUGAAAUCUUCAGCAGACCUAAGGGUGCUGCUUUCAGUGCAAUUCCACCUGUGGAUUCAUACGUGUCACUGUUGAUGCGUGAUUUGAUUCAGGAUCUUGUCCAAAACUCAGAAUUCAAUCGAAUCACAGUCUCCAGACAGCUUUUGUCUCUGAUAAAGUAUAUCAACAGCAAGAUGUUUGCGAAGCCGAACUCAUCGGAGGAUAAACUUACUAUUGUGAACGAUAUGAGGAACGGCGUGGAUCUUAUUAAUGAUCUAGAGACGAAUCCAGAUAUCCCCGAGAGUAUGAAGGAAACAAUGCUCAAUUCAGCCAAGAAGAUUGAGUUGGAGUUCAACGACGGCUACAAAUCAACAUGGAAGAUGGAACAGGUGAUUACGGAAUCGGUAUUGGACCUUAUGCUCCAUCUACCAGAAUCGACUCUUCCAGCUAUCUACUACGAGACUCUUUUAGCAGAUACUUGUGGCAGAGAUUGGACAUUAAUGAAAAGAAGUGAAGAUUCACACGAAAAGGUGGCAUUUGCGAAGACUAUAGCUGUCACGAUAAAGUAUUUGUAUAGGAAUGUGCAGACCAUUGACUUUGAUAUUAGAGCACGGGUGGUUUGUUGGAUUAUGAUUCAGUUGAGCAGCUUUAACUUCGAUUGGCAAUGGGCCGACUGGGUGGAUGAUGUUGCAAAGUUUGAGCAGGAAGUCUAUCAUCCAACGUUUUUCUUGCUUCAUAACAUUAUUGCCAAAGAGGUUCGGGUUAGUACUCCUCGAUCCAUUCGUAGUACCAUUCCGAAAGAUUUUUGGAAGUUCACCGACUUGUCGUUGAUGUCACGUGAUCGGGUGAUUGAAUACGACAGUCAAUUCUUUGGUCAAAGUCUUGCUGAAUCAUGUUACGACAGUUGUGCAAAGGCCAUUAAGGACGAGAUGAACAGUGAUUCAAGUAGCAACGAUGAUUUCGGUAAUGCGGAAACGUUCCACUUAUUAGAUCAAUAUCUUUUCAAUAACUCAGAGCAUCCUCAGCACGAUCUCUGCCACUCGAUCUACACGAACCUACAGGAAGGAGAGACUAUGGAGAGCUUUGAGGGAUUGUUGAACGAUGUCAGGAAGCAAAUAUCAGAGAGCGUUGAUAAUGUGGAGAAGUAUAUAGUUGCAUUGGUGGUUGAAUCUGUGUGUAUUAUCGGCUCUAGAUCUCUUUCUGUGAUUGAAGGUGGCGCUUUGGAGCUUUGUGGAGAUAAAUUAAGGAGCGUUCUUGGAGAAGGAGAGGAACGACAGAAAUGGUUGAUUGAAGCAGUGCUAAGAUUGUGGAAUCACGAGCCUAGAAUCGGCUAUUUGGUUUUAGAGAAGAUGAGAAACAAGAAGUUUAUCAAGUCGUCGCAGGUCAUCGAGUCGUUGUUUGACCUGUCGAACGGCCGUGUUUUAGCGGUUACGGAGAUUUACGCGGACGAGUUAUUAAACAGAUUACUAUUCGAAGAAGCAGAAAAUGAGACGGAGACUCAGCAAGAGAAGCAGAAGGUCUUUGGUAGAGUAAGCAUUUCUGCGCUUAAUCGGUUGGCACAGGGUAAAUGGGCCAUUAAGGAAACACUCGGUAUAAUAGAAAGUAAGCUCCGAAGAAUUAAGAGCAAGGAGCUUGUGCAGCAGAUGAAGCAGGCUGCUUCGGAUAUAAGUGAAGAGUCCGUGAAGGUAGAAGCAUUAAGGAAGCUUGAGUUAUUUGAGCACUAA